GAACUGUUGCAAAAAAUUAAACGGAAACCAAAUAUGCCAAGGUACAUCGUCGACGGAUUUGUGUUCCACGUCAACAUAACCAAAGGGAACCCCCCAAUGAUAUAUUUACGCUGCUUAGAAUAUAAAAGACUCGGAUGUCAUGCUAGGGCCGUAAUUCCGUACGAUGGAUCGAUCCAGGAUAUUAAAGUUAAUAAGCCACACAACCAUCCUCCCGACUUUGCCGCCGAGGAAAAAAUCGUCUUUAUGCGGGAACUGAAAGAAGUUAUGUUGAAAAAUCCCACUGUUCCCAGCAGGACGGUGUACGCUACACUCUCAGAAGUGUAUCCCACUGCCGCCAGAGAGACACCUUUUGAUUCCAUAAGACAUAAAAUGAACCGCUGGAGGAGACAGCAAGAUUAAGUUUCUCAGUAAAGUGUUUAGGAUAGUUAAGCUUUUUCAUAAUAACGCAUUUUUUUAUUUUGCUGUACGAUUGGUAUGCAAUUAAAUUGUGGUGUUCGUAAUCCUUUACUAAAGUAAAUGAAAAUUGUUAUUUGAAGGAAUAAAAUUUAUUAAACGCAAA